AUGUGUUUUCCUCAUCAAGUCAAAAGGACGAAUUCUUUCCGUGGUUAUUCAAGUUUAACGCUUUUUUUUUUUUAUUUCCUCCUCGACUUCGAUAUUAUAUUUUCAAACUUUUUGUCUGUUCCUCCUUCUCACCUCAAUUCGUACAUCUUUCUUUCUUUCUUUCUUUCUUUCUUUCUUUCUUUCUUUCUUUCUUUCUUCCCUCUCGUUUAUACAACAUUAUACCUUUUUCUUCUCCUGAGAGAGAGAGAAGAAGCGAGAUUAGCGGAAGAGAGAGAGAGAGAAGAAGCGAGAUUAGCGGAAGAGAGAGAGAGAAGAAGUGAGAUUAGCGGAAGAGAGAGAAGAAGCGAGAUUAGCGGAAGAGAGAGAAGAAGCGAGAUUAGCGGAAGAGAGAGAAGAAGCGAGAUUAGCGGAAGAGAGAGAGAAGAAGCGAGAUUAGCGGAAGAGAGAGAGAGAGAGAGAAGAAGCGAGAUUAGCGGAAGAGAGAAAGAGAAGAAGCGAGAUCAGCGGAAGAGAGAAAGAGAAGAAGAGAGAUCAACGGGAGGGAGAGAGAGAAGAAGAGAGAUCAACGGGAGAGAGAAAGAGAAGAAGCGAGAUCAACGGGAGAGAGAGAGAAGAAGCGAGAUCAGCGGGAGAGAGAGAGAGAAGAAGCGAGAUCAGCGGGAGAGAGAGAGAGAGAAGAAGCGAGAUCAGCGGGAGAGAGAGAGAAGAAGCGAGAUCAGCGGGAGAGAGAGAGAAGAGCGAGAUCAGCGGAGAGAGAAAGAGAUCAAAGAGAGAGAGAUCAACAGGAGAGAGAGAGAGAGAGAAGAAGAAGAGAUCAAAGGAGAGAGAGAGAGAAGCAGCAGAGACAUUCAGCAGAGAGAGAGAUGA